UCUUGCUCGUAGCGUCAAAGGAAUGCUUUUUUUUUUUUAGAAUCAGGCGAGUGACCUGAUUGCUUGGCUUAAGUUUGGUUCAUACGUUGCAAUUCCAGGAAUCUUUGUAGCAUGGUCUAGAGAUUUUUCGUUAGCAAUAGCCUUCCCUAAUACAAAUGCUACGACUGUUCUUUUGUGCUGCCUGAUUAAAAAGGCAUCUGUCCCAUUUUCUGCUGGGUGGAGUUAUAUUAUCUGUUCAAUCUUAAAUGGUUAUAUGUUGUUCAAACAAUGCUCAAAUUUUCAUUCAGUCACUGGGAUAAAUAGGGGUGAUUUGCUAAUAUCUUGUUAGAGAGGCGUAUGUAUUGUUGUUACUCCCUUUCUUUCUGGCGAUUUCUUGUUAAAUGACAAGCUUUUCCAAUCAGAUGUAGCGAAAUUUAUGCAAUUAAGGGUGUCUUUGAUGUUGAUUUUUUGGUAGUUAAUUGGGAACAACUGGUUGUUGCAUCGCAUGCGUGAAUUUUGAAACGUGAACUAAUACAGGGUUGCACAUUGGUUAUGUUCACUGAAUAUAUUUGUCUGUUCUUAGUUGUGCUCCUGUUUUUGUUCUGAUAGUUAUUGCUGCGUUCAUCAUCCUUUGUGGUCUGCUUAACAUAGGCAAGUACCCAGAUAAAUAAGCAAGUCCUAUGGCUAUGGGUGUUUAAAAAUUCUGUAUAUGGAGGCAUUUUGAUUACAGUAGGAACAAAACUUGCAAACCAAACUGUGCUUUGCUUGGCCGCAAUAGUUCUAUAACUUCUAAGGGCCAUAGUAGACCAAAACAGAUUACAGAUUCCUGAAGGUAUGGAAAGCUUGUUAGUUUGAGAGUGAGAUAAGUAAUGGCGUUUGCACUACAACAACAUCAGAUUAUUUUGACUUGUUGUAGGUUAGUACUACUUAGCUGAUGGAAGGUAUGCAGUUAAGUCUAGUAUACUACCACAUAUAGAUGUUCCCAAUACCAUUUACAGAAGUAUGAAGAUGGGGGUUAUCAUGUGACGCCACACAGGUGUUCACCUCCAAGAUUUGCCAAUUUACCAAAGAUCAUAACAUGGACCUAGGAGAAGGCAAUACCAAUACUAGGGUCAAAAGGGCAAAAGCCACAAAUUGGCCCAGAGUGAUGUCAAAGUUUGUGCUUGAUUGGUACCUCGAGAAGAAGAAGGGAAUGCCGCCUAAGACCAAGUUCAAGAAGGUGCACCACGUUUGGUGCACCUCUGCAGUAAAUGCUAAAUUCAAAACAACUUUCUCUGUUGACCAGGUCCAUCGCCAUUUUAGACGUUUCAAGGAGAUUUGGAUUAUUGUGACCAAGUAUGUCAAUGAGAAUGGGAGCAGGUUUAGCAAGAAACACAAAAUGCUUAUACUUCCUCCUUCCACUAUGGCUAGUCUACCUAUAGCAGAGCGUGCUAUUCUCGCUAAGCCCAUUCCAUUCUGGGACCAUCUGGUAGAUCUCUUUAACGAUGGCCAACUGGAUUGUGCUGCCUGCAUGAGAGACCCUGUGACGGCUGAUGAUUCUAAUGAAGAGUUGGAAGCCCAGGACGCAUUGAACCUUAUGGCCACUUGUGCAGAAACAGGGGACCAAGAUGGGGAAGACUUCGACAAAAUAGGGUUGGAGGGUGAAGAUGACCAUCAUGAGGUGGCAGCAAGUAGCGGCGGGGUGCCUUGUGAAGUGAUGUCAGGUACUAGUGCACCAUCUGCGCAGCCGUCUGGGUCAUUUGCCGAGAGCAAUAUGGCUGCUCUCAAGCCUAGCGCAAAGAAGUUGAAAAUAGUCAGCAAAACAAAGUCGAGCCCAAAGCUGCAGGCUCCAGUGACACGUGAUGUCAGGAAUAAGGAUGUGUUGAACACUACCUUAGUGGGGAUCCGUGACAGUGUUGCAAAACCAGUACGAACAGCAACAACAUCAGACCCAAAUGCUCCUCUGUGGAACAUGCUAAAAGAAAUUUCAUUGACACCUUCUGAUAGGUUAUCAGUUGGAAUAUAUCUUUGUAAGCCAGAGUUUGAAGUGCAUCGAAGCUUUUUUAUGAACAUGGGUAAGGAGUACCUCGAAGCGUGGGCCUGCAAGUUCUUGUCUGGAGAGGAACCUGGAGUCUUAUAGUUUGAUAACUGAAUCCAGAUCGAGGUUCUUGCUGCUGCAUUGUAGUGAGCGCAUAGUCUGCUGAUGAACCCGUUCAUAUUGUAUGUAAGCUUGUGUUUUACUAUUGAGCACAUCUUGUGCUUAAACAAUAGGUAAAUAUUAGUUUGAUAGCUAUCAUGUAACUUAAUGUGUGGACAAGUUAGUUAGCCUCUCGGGUAUGUAAGCUUUUUAAGGCUUAUUUUAGCUAUCUGAUACCCCCAGGUUGUAGAUGGUAACUGAAAUUUUCUAAUGUUAUUUGGGGCAUGUUUUUGUUAAGAUUUAGUUCUGUUUU